CGACGCGAUCCGCACCGUGAGUCCUAAUCUCGUCUCCCCUUUUCCCUUCUUACCAAAACCCUUCUUCCUCCUCUAUCCUCAAUCUCUAUCUCAACGCCCGAUCGCUCGAAAAUAGCAAAAUUGGGGAAAAAUGGAGUGAAAAUCGCAGCUGUACCCCACCAAUCGAUCCCUCGUCGUCUCUAGAUCAGCUCCGUAGCCCUCGAUCAUGGUGGCUUUGUAAAAAUCGGGUCCAAUUUGAAGCAGUAAUCGGCUUCGGCGCAAGCGCUUUUAGGGUUUCCUUUCGCUUUCGAUUUGUAGUGAUUUUGAGGAGGUUUUGGUGAUUAAUGGGGAAGAACCAGGCGUACAAGGCGAUGCAGAGGGCUCGGGUGGGCUCGAGCUCGGCUGGGCCCGAGCAGAUCGAAGACGGAAUGACGGAUGGUUCAUUUCAUUCACCAGCGUGGCAUGCUGCUCGCUUGGCCAGCCUCAAAACAUCUCACACCAUAACAUGGGAGGAAUUCAAGAAGAAACAGAAGGAAGAUGAACUAAAGAGAGGUGAGCUGGAGGCUGACAAGGACAGAAUGAUGAGAGAAUAUAGAGCUCAGCUGGAUGCCGAAAGGGCUCAGAAGCUUUCUCAUGGAAGAAACCACUCUGGAAGGAAGUCCCAUCACAAAAAAGAUAGGAAAGAUAAAGAUUUGAAGAAACGUAGCAGCAGAAAGAGAAAGCAGAGGAAGUCGUCCGAUUCAGGUUCCUCUAGUUCAUCAUCUGAAUCUUCGAGCAGCGAUGACGAGGAGAGGGAAUCGAGGAGAUCCCGGUCGAGCUCCAGAUCGAAGAGACGAAAGAGGGAGAAGAAGCACCGGUCGAGGGCCAAGCAUUCUUCUACCAGCGACAGUGAGGAGGGCGGCGGCGGCGGCCCGGUGAGACUGUCCAAGUUCUUCGGAAAUGUGAAGAACUAGACCUUUUUUAAUGUUUGCUUCUGUGGGUCUUCUCUCCUUGUGUGCUCUGAGGAAGAGAAAUUAUUGGAGCUUAUUGUUUCAAUGUAGGUGGCUGUUUCUGUGUUCCAAUUUGGUAUGGUGGAUUUCGACAGCAACAUUGCCAAAUUUUCUGUAUUAUUGAUGGGCUGAAUUGUUAGGUGUUUGAUGGUGACAAAUGCAGGACAUUUUGUCCCAUUCGUGAAUUAGUUUAGCACUUGAAAAGGUGUGAAUUAGCAGCCAAUAUUCCUAUGCUUCUCUUUUCUAUUUUAACA